GUGUGUGUGUGUGUGCACACUGGGUUCACUUGCCUUUCCCUGUAUGUGUGUGUGUGUGUGUGUGUGUGUGCUUUUCCCGAGUGUGUGUUUUUUUUGCAAAGCGAACAAAUGCAUUAAUAUUUAUAUGUUUAUAUAAUCGAUAACCCACUUUUCCCUUCCGUGUAAAUAGGCAUCAAAAGAUAAUUUAACAGAUUAGUUCUUGAAAACAUGGCAGUGAGGAAGCGUAAUUUAACUAUCAAACAAAUCUACAUGUCUAAUAAAAUCAGAUCUGCUAAAGAGCGGCGGGCGCCCCUGAAUCUCUGCAGGAAACGUUCUUUAUAUUAGACAUAUAUAAGCAGGUCCUGGCAGAUGCACGAACGAGCCCCGGCGCAAUCGGCCCCCCGAAAAAGACAAUCCGCGGGGAACGCGCCCCCAUUUCCAAUUUCGAGAAACCCCGUACGAGGCGGAGGCAGAUCCGGGGGGUCCUUGAUUUUUCGGAGGGCUGCGACGUGCAUUUUGCCUUGAUCCAUCCGCUCUGUCCCCCGUCUCCGAGCGGGUCUCUCUCGCGAUUGGGAAUUUGAUCCCCGGCGGUUCGGGGUGGGGCCGGGUCUUUAAGGCACCGGGGGAAAAUUGGGGCGUCGGAGAAAUAUUAGGCGCCCUUUUUGGUCAUUUUGGGGGCGGCGGGGAGGGGUGGGCUUGAUUUUAUAUUGAGACGCCGGGCCGGCUGGAGGGCGAGAAUGCUUUUCCCUGCCAGGACCUGAUGCAAUCCAUUCAAGCCAACAAGUUUGGAGAGAAUGUUGAGUUCAAUCAAUUCAGAACGUCGAGAUGGAGCUCAGCUCACUCCAGUGGGUCGGCUCUCCGUGUGGCUUGCACGGACCGUACAUUUUCUACAAGGCUUUUCAGUUCCACCUUGAAGGCAGACCAAGAAUUUUGUCCCUUGGCGACUUUUUCUUUGUAAGAUGUAAGCCAAAGGAUCCGAUUUGCAUAGCCGAGCUGCAGCUGUUGUGGGAAGAGAGGACUAGCAGUCAACUUUUAUCCAGCUCCAAACUUUAUUUCCUCCCAGAAGACACUCCCCAGGGCAGGAAUAGCGACCAUGGCGAGGAUGAAGUGAUUGCAGUUUCCGAAAAGGUAAUUGUGAAACUUGAAGACCUGGUCAAGUGGGCACAUUCAGACUUCUCCAAGUGGAAGUGUGGUCUCCGGGCUGGGCCAGUAAAACUUGAAGAAUUGAGCAAGAAUGGACAGAAAGAAGCUUUGCUCAAAUAUAGGCAGUCGACUUUGAACAGCGGACUCAACUUCAAAGACGUCCUCAAGGAAAAGGCAGACCUUGGUGAGGAUGAUGAAGAUUCCAAUGUGAUCGUCCUCAGCUAUCCCCAGUACUGUCGCUACCGUUCCAUGCUGAAACGUAUUCAAGACAAGCCGUCGUCAGUGCUGACAGACCAGUUUGUCUUGGCCCUGGGUGGAAUUGCCGUGGUCAGUAAGAAUCCACAGAUCCUUUACUGUCGGGACACUUUUGACCACCCAACUCUUAUAGAAAAUGAGAGUAUAUGUGAUGAAUUUGCGCCAAAUCUUAAAGGAAGGCCACGCAAAAAGAAAUCGUGCCCUCAGAGAAGAGAUUCGGUAAAUGGCGUGAAGGAUUCCAGCAAUAAUUCAGAUGGCAAAACCAUUGCCAAGGUGAAAUGCGAGGCCAGAUCAGCCUUGGCCAAGCCCAAGAAUAACCACAGCAGCUGUAAAAAGGGCUCCAAUGAGGAGAAAUCAAAGGUUGCCAUUGGGGAAGAAUGCCGGGCAGAGGAGCAGGCCUUCCUAGUGGCCCUUUACAAGUACAUGAAAGAAAGGAAGACGCCAAUAGAAAGAAUUCCCUAUUUAGGGUUUAAGCAGAUCAACCUUUGGACUAUGUUUCAAGCUGCUCAAAACCUGGGAGGAUAUGAAACAAUAACAGCCCGCCGACAAUGGAAGCAUAUUUAUGAUGAAUUAGGGGGUAAUCCAGGGAGCACGAGUGCAGCUACGUGUACACGCAGACAUUAUGAAAGAUUAAUACUGCCAUAUGAAAGAUUUAUUAAAGGAGAAGAAGAUAAACCUCUGCCUCCAGUAAAACCUCGAAAACAGGAAAACAAUUCCCAGGAGAGUGAAAGCAAAACAAAAUUAUCUGGAACCAAACGCAUCAAAAGUGAAAACCCAAAGAACAAGAAAGAAAAAGAUCAUGCUACAAAACCCCAGGACACGACAGAGGUCUCAUCGGAGCAAGAGAAGGAGAAGCCGGAUCAGAGAAAUCUGACCGCGCCCCUCGCCGCGGUGGAAUUGAAGAAACAGAUGGAAGGGAUCUCAGCGGAGGUGCUCGUGUCCAGAGCGGACCCCGAAAAAGGAGACUUGAAGGACCAAGGCUCGACCAAGGAGAAAGCGGAGGACGCCAAGGACAAGGAAGAGGAAGAGGCUGCAUCUUCCUUUCUUUCUUCGGUGCUCCCCGAUGAGGAGCCAGCCCACAUCCCGAUGGUUGGCAAAGAGCUGCAUCCGUCUCCGGAUAUCCUCAUUGACAUGAAGCAAGAGCCCCAGACCUGCAGUUUUACAGAUACCCCUGAAAACGAGCUUCAGGAAACCCCCUUCGGCAGUUUUCCCACCAUGCAGCACCCUUUGGCAAGCCAGAACGAGAUGGAGGACGACAAGCUGCCCGUGAUGGCCGAUUAUAUCGCCAACUGCACUGUGAAAGUGGACCAGCUUGGCCACGAUGACAUCCACGACGCGUUGAAGCAAAACCCCAAGGUCCUCGUGGUCCAGUCGUUUGACAUGUUCAAAGAGAAGGAGUUGACGGUUCCUCACGACGACCCCGCGUUUAACUAUACGCCUCUGCUCUACUCACGGGGCAAUCCGGGAAUCAUGUCUCCGCUGGCCAAGAAAAAGCUUCUGUCCCAGGUGAGCGGGGCCAGUUUAUCCAGCAGCUAUCCCUACGGCUCCCCUCCCCCUCUGAUCAGCAAAAAGAAACUGAGCGGCAGAGAUGAACUGUGUUCGGGGCUGUCCCAGGCCCAUCACGGGCCCCACGCGGACCACAUGGUGGUCAGCCGGCCGUCGGUGAUCCAGCACGUGCAGAGUUUCAAGAGCAAGACUUCCGAAGAAAGAAAAGUCAUCAACGAAGUCUUCAAGCACGACAAGUUAAGUAAGCCGGAUCCUCACCGCUGCAGUUUCUCCAAGCAUCACCUCAGUCCGCUCGCCGAGUCCUACGUGCUGAAGUCCGAGCUGGAGGAGAGCAAGGACAAACUGAUGGAGAAAAGGGCGCUCCAGCACUCCCACAUGCCCAGCUUCCUGGCAGACUUCUACUCGUCUCCUCAUCUGCACAACCUUUACCGACACACGGAGCACCACCUUAAUAACGAACACACGGCUAAAUAUUCCCCCCGAGACAUGUACAGAGAAUCAGAAAAUAUUUCCGCGUUCCCUUCACAUAAACAUCAAGACAAACUCAGUGUAAAUUAUCACGCGUCUUUGCAUCUGCAAGACAAAAAGGCGGCCUUGGAAGCCUCCUCGGAUGACCAGCCCACAGAUCUGAGCCUUCCAAAGAGCGCGCCUAAGCAGACUGGAAAGGCCGUGGGCCUGGCUCACUCGUCCAUGGCGCAGCAGGAAGGCAAAGCUCUCUCCCAGUUUCAGGUUAUGAGCAGCCAGACCAACCGAGACUGUAACCCCAAAGCCUGCCGCGUGUCCCCCAUGACCAUGUCGGCCCCCAAAAAGUACAUUGAGUCGCUUCCUAGGUCUGGAAAGCCCCAUCACGUGAGACUGGAAAACCUGAGGAAGAUGGAGGGCAUGGUUCACCCGAUGAUCCACCGCAAAACGAGCCCCCAGAAUAUCGGCGCGGCGCGGCCUUUAAAGAGGAGCCUGGAGGAUCUGGAUCUCGUGAUUGCGGGGAAAAAAAUCCGGGCCGUGUCCCCCCUGGAUUCUUCCAAGGAAGCCUCGGCAAAGGACAAGGCCUCGGAGCAGGAGGGCGAAGGCGCCAAGCCGGCUCACGGCGGGCAUCCCAGCGGCACGUUGGAGGGCCACAAGCUCCCCCUCUCGUCGCCCAUCUUCACGGGCUUGUACCCGGGAACCCUGUGCUCGGGCCUCAAUUCCCGCGUCCCAGCUGGAUAUUCUCACCCUCUGCAGUACUUGAAAAACCAGACUGUGCUCUCUCCGCUAAUGCAACCCCUGGCUUUCCACUCCCUCGUGAUGCAGCGUGGAAUCUUCACCUCCCCGGCAAAUUCUCAGCAGCUCUAUAGACACUUAGCUGCGGCCACACCUGUAGGAAGUUCCUACGGGGAGAUUUUGCACAACAGCAUCUACCCUCUAGCUGCUAUAAACCCUCAGGCGGCCUUCCCAUCUUCCCAGCUCUCCUCUGUGCAUCCCAGCACAAAACUGUAAACGCAGCCUUCCAAAGCAUCUAACGGAAACUGUCAGUCUCGUAGCUUCACUCCUUACCCCGCGAUGACAUCUUCAAGAAGGAGGCGUCGCUAUUCCUUCUCAGCUAGGGCUCAGGAUCCACCCUGGGAAUCGAACGGAUAGGUCUCUUGGAUCGGGGUGAGGCUGCGCUUCGGCUAGCUCGGCCUAGACCCCUUUCCCAUUUCGACGACCUCCCCGAUCUCCAAAUCAUUUCACUUUGCACACGAGUUUUGUGAAGGGAUUUACGACGUCCAAAAAUGGCUAAAAGAGACCCUCGUCUGCCCCCAGAUUGUUGGGCCUGAGCUCGAAAGGUGGCGAUUCAGAGGAGGGGAAAAGGAAGACGGUGGGGGAAUCCACACCAUCGAGGGAUGCCCGGCUCUGGGUCAGUUGCUUGACUUUUCAAGAUUAAAUCAAUGCAAUGUAUAGUGAAUCUGCAAUCGAUCUUUCCUUUUGACACUAUUAAGCCGGAAAAGUAAACACUGUUCAAUUGACUGUAUAGACUUGCUUCUUACAAGGUACCUGUAUUUGUUUGUUCCCAUAAUUUAUAUACAGGUAGUUCCAUUUCCCCUUCUUCCCCAGUUUAUUCUGUCCUAUUUUUUUUUAAUUAAACAGUAUCAUUUUGUUGACAGGUCUUUUGUUUCUGUUUGUUUUUGUUUUUGUUUCUUUUUUAAAGGCUGUCCUAGUUGUCGAUGUGUGUAUAUUUUUUUUUUCCACAUCUUAUCAUUUGGAGCAGCUUUGGGUGGUAAAGUUAUUGUUUACAAAUUGAAGCAACCGAUUCAAAUGGAACAAAUGGAGAGAGAGAGAGAGAGACAGAGACAGAGAAAGAAAAGACAGACAGUGGAUCACACGAUGGUGCAAACCAAGUUCAUUUUUCAGUCUGCAAUUUAAGGAUUUUGUUCCUCCUACACGGCAGGGCCGAAAGAGCUUCUCCACUGUGUACCCAGCCAAAGGCUUUGCUUUGAAGUGUUGGGUUCUGUGAAAAUGUUCAGCAUUGUACUUACCUUAUCUAGGCUGUGAAACUGUCCUACAUACCAAGGGAAUCAUAAAAACACAAACUUCAUUGGCAACAAACUGCGGAAUAACAACCAAAUCCAGAGGACAUAUUUGUGGGCUGUACAGAUAUUUUAGGAAUUCCAGAAAUGAAAGCAGAAGCCAACAUGAUCUCCACUGAUGUUGGAUCGAAACCCUUUCAGAGGCUAGAGGGUGGGUUGGGGGGAGGGACAGGAGGCCAGAUGGGACUAACUUAACAGAAGAGAAUGCCUUCCCCCAGCUGAGCCGUCCUUGGGGUGAUCACUGGCCUGGUCCAAACGGCCUCUCACAGGUUGAAAGAAGUGCCCACCGCCGCCAUGUCAUCAUGGCUGUUGAUAAUGAUUGGAGUACUUAAUUACGCACAGAAAAAAAAAAAGAAACUCGGCUUUGGCUGCAAAAGCAACGUUGUCGUGGUGGUGCUUGUUUUGACCAAUGACCUGUCUGGCAACAGAUUUUGCUUGAUGUUUGCUUCUGUCAUCUGAAAUAAAUGCUCACACUGGUCAAGCCAUGGAAAGAUGUGGAUGAUUUGUUUUGCCUCUGUGUUACGUGGGCUACUGAGGUGUAACCACAGAGUGUUUUGUUUUCAAAAGGUUUUGUCAAAGAAAAUGGUGGAUUUCCUUUCGGCCUUCCCCGAGAGUCCCUCCUCCUCUAUCCAUAGAUGGUCAUUUUGUUAAAAUCCUCCACCAUCACCCUCCCCCACAGUUUCCCGUAGACAUUAAUCUUCUAGUUAACUGAGGUUUUGGGUUAUUUUUUUUUCAUUGUUUUUCCUCUGAGAUGUUUUGUUGUAUGAAAAUUGAUGACAAUUUUCAACUUUUAAAUAAGCAACUCGCCUGCAGAAUUUUCAGAACUGGUAAGGCUCUAGAACAAAGCCAUGCAUGCAAUGCAUUUAUUUGUAUUGAAACGUCACCACGACAUAAAGCCAAAUAUCUAAUGUAACAUACUUAAUAUCCAAAGGUGAAAACAGAAGAAUGUAGUCAUCCAGUGUUCAAAGUUCCAUUUGCUUCAAUUAAUUACCUUCCUGUGGGGAAAAAAAAAAAACAAACAAACACGUGUGUGGGUGUGUGUGUAUAUAUGUAUGUAUGCCCAUAUAUACAUAUAUAUGAGAGAAUAUUAAAUAAACUAAUAGUCUUUAGAUUAUACAUGUGUGAGUGCAUAUUAUCCUGCUGUUGCACAAGAGAGUAAGAGAGAGAGAGAGAACAUCACAAUCCCAGCUGGUUUCCUUCCAGCAGGGACACAUAAGGAAGUUGCACUAGAUAUGAAUCGUGACAGAACCAGAGAAUAUGAAAGAAAAACAACCUCAUGGCCAUUCCACAGUAAAGAAGCAUGUUUAAAAAAAUAUGGGAGCUUCCAUUUUGGGGGAGUCAUCUAUAAAUUGUGGACCUGGGGGUAUUUGUUUUCCGCAACGCACUGAUCUCACUUUGGUUCCAUCAGGUUGGAAUUGGGUCAUGCUAUUUUCAAAUCACGUUAAUAGAAGCCAGCAUUCAUUUUUUUUUUUUUUUUUCAUUUGUUGCAAGAGGAGGCUCACUGUUUCUCUCUGAGGGAGAUCAAAUGCUAGGUAAAACCUCAGGACCACUAAAUGAGAGAUGGUGGGAUUCCCUCUGGAAGCAACACGUUAUUUGUUGUUGUUGUUGUUGUUGUUGUUGUUUUUUAUCUCAUCCAAAAUUUUAGAGUUCUUUCUCCCAAAAGACCAUUGAAUUCCUCAUUGGCUGAGAAAGGCUUUUUUUUUUUUUUUAAGUCUUACACGGGGCUUUGUUUGUAUUGUUUGAGUCCAAGGGGCCUUAUUAUUGAAUGGAGUUGUGCAAGCCUUUUGUUGUGCAACCAGACCCUUGUUAUUGGUAGUUUUGUAAAGGAAACUGUGGAAUCUAAUGGGCAACAGAGUCAUAAAUCUAUUUACUGAGAACAGCUUCCAAGAAAUGUUGCAAUUCCAAAUGCACUAAGUUCAUGAUUCAUUGGAUAUUUUGGAGGUUCUAAGAUUUAAAUAACAACUCUUCCCCCACCAUCACCAGAAAAAAACGGGAAGAAAAAAAAAAAAAAAACAACUCUUUUCACUUUAGCAAAUUCAAUUUUAAAAAUAGAGCCCAGUUGAGUUUCAGAAUUCACUGUCCUCCUAGUAAAUAAUUAGAAUGCAGAGUACUUGCAACAGGAUUGUCUUAUUUAGUUAGUUAUUGGAGACUCUCAGUUCACAUUUAUCAGAGCAUAAAGAAUCGUUUGUUGAAGCCCAAUAUUGACUUUACAAUUUACUGAACUGGUGCAUGAGUUCUUAAGUACUGUAUCUUACUAUGUUGCUGUGUCUCAUGGAAGUUUUUGAGUUGGUCCCACAAAAAUCUUUUAUGUAGUGUGCCUUCAAAGAGAGCAGUUCAUUUUUCUCUUCACUGAUUGUUCCAUACGGUCACAUUUUGUGGUGGUCAGCCAAAUCCCAUCUGGUCCAAUUUUCCAAUUGUUCUGAUCUUAAUGAGGAAUGGGAAUGAUUUCACUCUGGCGAGACCCACACCAUUGAAACGAUCAUCAUAAGCACUUAACUCCAGUGUUGGCUGUAAAUGUAUUUGAUAUUCUGCUUGUCUCCCUAUGGUUGAAAUAUGUUUGAAGAAAAGGCAGCAUAAUCUCUUGGCUGUUUAUACUUUUUUAAACUUUUUCUUUGUUGUAAAUAUUGUAUACUUUUGGUGAUUUGAGUUAUGUAACCUCUAUGCUCUGUAAGGUGGUUAUUUGUAUAUAGUAAAAUGGCCCAGUGAUAUUAGAGACUUUCCCAUGGAGGAGGUUAUUGAGUAACCUCUGCAUUAGUUUGAACACUACCAGAAAUAAAGCUGAGCCAACUAUAAACACUCGAUUUUGUAUGUUUUCCAAAUUGUACUUAUUAAUGCUUUUGAUACUGUAUCACGUGCCAAUAGUUUCCCAAUCACAUAGCAGGCAAGAGAUAUUUUGUACUUUUUGAUCCACUGUCAUAUUUAAUAAAAAAUGUUACUAUCUGUU